UUUCAUAACAAUACCUGAGGAAGAUGUUUCUUGAGAGAGAUCAAGAGAGAGAAGAAGCUUUUCCAUUUUAUUUUUAUUUUUAUUGCUAAAAGUGACGAGAGCUCAAAAGCUGGGAGAAAAGCUGAUUAUAUUACCCAAAGAAAUAGGCUUCUCUUCUUUCUUUCCCUUUGAUUUUACUAUUUUUUAUUUCGCCAUCUCCUCCUGUAUAUUCCGUAGCCCCAGAAGCUGAUCUUCUCCUCUCAUUAACCCGAUUGAUUAAUCAUCUCCUUAAUUAAUGCUCACCAACAUUGAUCCCUCCGCCGUGCCGGAGCCCCCUUUCUCCUACGCCGCCACCAAGCGCAAGCGCCGCCCUGCCGGAACCCCAGAUCCGGAUGCGGAGGUGGUGUCGCUGUCGCCAAAGACGCUGCUGGAGUCGGAUCGGUACGUGUGCGAGAUCUGCAACCAAGGGUUCCAGAGGGAUCAGAACCUGCAGAUGCACAGGAGGCGCCACAAGGUGCCGUGGAAGCUGCUGAAGAGGGAGACGCCCUUGGCGCGUAAGCGCGUGUUCGUGUGCCCGGAGCCGAGCUGCCUCCACCACGAUCCUUGCCACGCCCUCGGCGACCUCGUCGGCAUCAAGAAGCACUUCCGCCGCAAGCACAGCAACCAGAAGCAAUGGGUCUGCGACAAGUGCUCCAAAGGAUACGCCGUCCAGUCCGACUACAAAGCCCACCUCAAGACCUGCGGCACCCGCGGCCACUCCUGCGACUGCGGCCGCGUCUUCUCCAGGGUGGAGAGUUUCAUCGAGCAUCAAGAUGCUUGCAGCAUGGGGCGCCUCCGCUCCGACGCCCACCCCCUCCAGCAGCAGCAGCCGCCCGCGUGCUUAUCGCGGACGGCGCUGAGCCCUAGCCCCUCCAGCGACACCAAUCUCAGCGCCCCGUGGCAGGCAGCACUCGCUCUACCCAAGCCUAACGAAUCACUCUUCUUAACAAGUAUGGGGGAAGCAGUCCGUCCCCCAAAUCUCGAACUCCAGCUCUUAACAAAAUCGAGCGGCGAGGAGCAAUCGACUCAGCUGCAACUCUCAAUCGGCUCGUCGGAGAUCAACGGCGAGGCGGAGAUGGUGAGCCGGUGCUCGCCGCGGGGGAGCAGCAACGCCGGCGGGAGGCCGGCGGCGGCGGCGGCGAGGGUGAAUGAGCAGGCGCAGGAGCAGCUGCGGGUGGCGAUGGCGGAGAAGGCGUACGCGGAGGAGGCGCGGCAGGUGGCGAAGCGGCAGAUUGAGGCGGCGGAGCAGGAGUUUGCCAACGCGAAGCGGAUCCGGCAGGCGGCGCAGGCGGAGCUCGAGAAGGCGCAGGCUCUCAAGGAGAGCGCCACGAAGAAGAUCAACGCCGCAAUGCUCGAGAUCACGUGCCAUUCCUGCAAAUCCAAGUUUCAGCAAGCGUUGCUCGCAGAGUCGUCGCGUGAGAAUUCGAAUUCGAUUGGAUUGAAUUUCAUCUCGUCUGCGCUCAGAGGCUGGGAAGUGAAGAAAGCCGAUAAAUAAUAAUAAUAAUAAUAAUAAUAAUAAUGACUAAUAAUAAUAAUAAUAAUAAUACGCAAAUUAAUGAAAUGAAGGAUUUGCUGUGGUGUUAGAUUUUUUUAUUGGUAUUUACUAUUAAUAUUAAUGUGUAGAUUUUGCCAUUUUGGAUAUGUAUUUUAUUCCGUAGUCGUCUGCGGUAGAUAUACAGUAUGUUGGAAUGGGGCAAUAUUUGUGUUGUGAUUUACUACAUUUUUUUAUUUGUUACUUUACAUUUAUUUUCCACAGGUUUUAUGGUUAGAUAUCAUAAUUUUGAUGGAA